AUGGCACUUAACAAAUUAAGCAUCAAGAGUUUAGAAGUCGCAAACAAACGGGUUUUGAUCAGAGUUGAUUUUAAUGUUCCGUUAAAGGAUGGAAAAAUAACCAACAACCAACGUAUUGUUGCUGCAUUAGAUAGCAUCAAUUAUGUCCUUGAAAAUGGUGCCAAAUCUUUAGUUCUCAUGUCCCAUCUUGGACGCCCAGAUGGAUUACCAAAUUCAAAGUACUCUAUGAAACCAGUUGCCGAGGAGCUCCAGAAACUCCUUAAUAAGAAUGUUACAUUUUUGGCUGACUGUGUUGGCCCAGAAAUAGAAAAGGCUUGUGCAGAUCCAGCUCCUGGCUCAAUAUUUCUUUUAGAGAAUCUUCGAUUCCAUAUUGAAGAAGAAGGAAAAGGUGUAAAUGCUGCUGGAGAAAAAACUAAGGCCGACAAAGAAGAUGUGAAAAAAUUCAGAGAGUCAUUACAGAAAUUGGGAGAUGUGUAUGUCAAUGAUGCUUUUGGUACUGCACACAGAGCUCACAGCUCUAUGAUGGGUGAAGGUUUUGAAAAGCGUGCAGCUGGAAUCUUGUUGAACAAAGAGCUCACUUAUUUCGCUAAGGCUUUAGAUAAUCCUGAAAGGCCAUUCUUAGCUAUCUUGGGAGGAGCUAAAGUUGCUGAUAAGAUUCAACUUAUUGAAAAUCUUUUAGAUAAAGUUGAUGAAAUGAUUAUUGGAGGAGGUAUGGCUUAUACUUUCUUGAAAGAGUCAAAGGGCAUGAAAAUUGGCGAUUCUUUAUAUGAUGAAGCUGGAGCAAAAAUUGUUGGAAAAUUAUUAGAAAAAGCUUCUGCUCGCAAUGUUAAAAUUCACUUGCCAGUUGAUUUUGUUACGGCUGAUAAAUUUGAUGAAAAUGCUAAUACUAACUCUGCAACUGUUGAAGAAGGAGUUCCUGAUGGUUGGAUGGGUUUGGACUGCGGACCAGAAUCUAGGAAAUUGUUUUCUGAACCAAUUGCUCGUGCUAAGGUCAUUGUAUGGAAUGGGCCUGCUGGUGUUUUUGAGUUUGAUAAAUUUGCCUAUGGCACUAAAGCCUUAAUGGAUGAUGUUGUUAAGGCAACUAAAAAUGGAACUGUCACUAUAAUUGGUGGUGGUGAUACUGCUACAUGUGCAGCUAAAUGGGGUACAGAGAGUCAAAUAAGCCAUGUGAGCACCGGAGGUGGUGCAAGUCUUGAACUGCUUGAAGGAAAAGUCUUACCAGGAGUUGCAGCUUUGACUGAUGCAUAA